UGUAAUCACACCUUGCCAAACACAGUGCCAUUCUAUCGACCAAAACAAGUCCAAAGUAUUUACGCUUUGAAUUAUUUUGGUUACUAACUAACUAAGUUUUCAAGAAAAGUUUUAAGAAUUGCAAUUUUUAACAAGUAGUUCCUUUAUAUUGUGAAAGUGCUUGGAUUUCAUUAAAACAAAAGAACAAAAUGUCGUUCCUGGUGUGGCACAUAUACGACGGGUACAGGGACCUGAUGGAGAAUAAAAGCGAUCCCAGAGUGAACGACUGGUUUUUGAUGAGCUCACCGUUUCCCACGCUAGCUAUAUGUCUCACAUAUGCAUAUUUCGUAAAAGUUUUAGGACCUAAACUAAUGGAAAAUAGAAAACCUUUCGAUCUCAAGAAUAUUCUUAUAGUAUACAAUUUCAUUCAAGUUAUCUUUAGCGCCUGGCUGUUUUAUGAGUGUUUAAUGGCGGGAUGGUUGUCUCACUACAGCUUCCGAUGUCAGCCAGUAGACUAUUCAAGAAACCCAAUGGCUAUGAGGAUGGCUAGAGGCUGCUGGUGGUAUUAUAUUUCUAAGUUCACGGAGUUUUUGGACACUAUCUUCUUCGUGUUAAGGAAGAAGAACGACCACAUCUCCACACUUCACGUGAUUCACCACGGUGUCAUGCCAAUGUCAGUUUGGUUCGGUGUCAAAUUCACUCCCGGAGGUCACUCCUCUUUCUUCGGCUUGCUCAACACAUUCGUUCACAUCAUCAUGUACACUUACUACCUUUUGGCCGCACUGGGACCGCAAAUGCAAAGGUACCUGUGGUGGAAGAAAUACCUGACCGCCAUCCAGAUGAUCCAGUUCGUUCUAGUCAUGCUUCACGCCUUCCAACUACUCUUCACCGAUUGCAACUACCCCAAAGCGUUCGUCUGGUGGAUUGGACUUCACGCUGUCAUGUUCUACUUCCUCUUUUCCAACUUCUACAAGGAAACCUACCUCAAAAAGAGGAAACGAGAAGAAAAACUCCAGGCAAAUGGUACCGCUAAAAACGGUUACAAAAAACUUACAACUGGCGUAUGUUUUGCUGGCCAGACUCCUCUGUACGAAACGUCGAAUGAUGUAACGGAAAUGAAGAAAGGUUACACAACAACCGAAGGGGAUUCCCAACUCAGGAACAGGGCGUUCAUUGACAGUUCGAAAAAGGCAUAGUGUCUCUGAAAGUUCUCCAUCGUUAUCGCCAUCACACAUACUAUCUCACCCCAACGCAACAAGAAAACAUGUUCAUCAUCACAUUUGUUCGUGCAUCAAAAAAAAAAGGCUCAAGAAAUAUAAGAACUAUGUAGACCAUCAUCAGUUAUUUAUAAGUAUGCUGUGUGCCUGGAGACUCUCUCGUAUCGAAUAAGUUGUACAUAUUAUAAAUAUUUUUGACGCCUCUAGUCCGCCAUUAGUACGACACCGAGUAAAGAUGGAUUCAAUUAUUUUUGUCCCUUUGUUGUUCUACGUUAAAAACAAAGGAAGGUACCUAAACAAUGCUUCCAGAACAAAAGAUGGAACAAACAGCAGGCAGCUUUUACACUUCGAUUCAGCAUCAGGAAGGCUGUGGGGGACAUUAAAUGGAACAAAAGAAGGUGAAGCACUUGAAGUGUAAAACCAGCCAUAUUGGUUUUAUGGAUCGGUUAUUGUUUUAUUGGUUAAACAUGGCAGUCUUUUGUUUUGUUUUUUUUUUACAAAAAAUUGUUGCAAUGUAAAUUAAAGUCUCUCAUAGAGAGAGAGAGAAAUUUUUAAUUUUACAUACUUAACAAAAAUUGAUCUAUUUUAGUCGUAUUUAAUACUUAUGUAUUAAUUAGGAAUGUGCUCAACGAAUGACCCGGGGGUUAAUCCAAAAAAAGUAUUAUCCUAUCAAGGGUAAGCAUAUUUUUUAGCAAUAAUGAAUCCUUAUCGGGAAGAAUAUCGAAAUACAUAUUAAUGUAAGUCCAUAACGAUAUUUUUUAAAUGUUGUGAUUUGUAUUUUAUCUACCUAAAAUGUUUGUUAAAAUUUUAAUUAAUAAAAAAUUGAAAGUGUCUAGGUAAACCGCCGGUUUGUAAAGUAAACUGACGCUGGUUGCUAUCUUGAGAUAGAUAGAUAGAUAAUUUUUUUUGUAUGUUUUUG